UUAAAUCCUCCCUCGUUUUCCCAAUCCCGCACUGAAAAAGGAGUCGGAAAAAAAAAAUGGGUGUAAUUCUCACAGAAUCGAAUGAUUCCUCCUCUGCUCACGACCCUCUCUUCCCAUGGCUCACGUCGAUAAAGAAGGCAUUGGAUGAAUGGUACUCAGGGAACCGCACCGGUGCAGAUCUCGACAAUCUUUUAUCAGAUUGUAUCUCUACUUUCAAGCACAAUGCCAAGUACCGAAACGACCUCAGAUUUCUCAAGAUUUGGUUCAUUUAUUUGGAAGGUAGUAAAGAUUUCGAAAGUGUUUUUAGAGAAAUAGAGGAGAAUGAGAUUUGUAUUGGACAUUCUCUACUUUAUGAGUGGUAUGCAUAUUUCCUUGAAGCCAAAGGGAAGUGGAAGGAAGCACACACGGUUUAUCAGAUUGGUAUUUCAAGGAAAGCUGACCCGCUUGAGAAGCUGAAGGGGGCACAAUCCUUAUUUGUUAAAAGAAUGUCUGAUAGGCUUAAUGGUUCCUCAUUUGGGAAGAUUGACGGGAGUGAACCAGCUGAGUUUGGAAAAAAAUUUAUUAAUCCAUGGUCCACCUUCACGAUAGAAGAGCUUUCAAAGAAGAUACAUCCUCAAAUUACAAAAUAUGAUGGAUACCACCUGAGUAAGAAAGUUUACUCUGGAAAAGUAGCCUUAUCUUCUUUGAAAAAAUCAUCGAGGAAUAAAAUUAUUGAGAUAGGUGGAAAGAAGUAUCAGAUCAAGGGGUGUGCUGGUCAGGGUGGCUUUGCUCAAGUAUUUAAAGCAUACAUUGAUAGCAAUCCUGAUGAUGUUGUUGCAUUAAAGAUACAAAAGCCUGCUUUCCCUUGGGAAUUCUACAUGUACCGUCAACUUGACGAACGCAUCUUAGACAAACAGAGAUCAAACUUUGGUUCUGCUCAGAAAAUUCAUAUCUAUUCCGACUGUAGCAUACUUGUGUGUGACUAUCUAUCUCACGGGACACUUCAGGAUGCGAUUAAUUCUUAUGUGGUUACUGGCAAGUCCAUGGAGGAGGUAUUAUGUAUUUAUUACACUACAGAGAUGCUUUACAUGUUGGAAACUUUGCAUAGGGUUGGCAUCAUUCAUGGCGAUUUCAAGCCUGAUAAUCUUCUGAUUCGCUAUUCUAAGGAUGACCUCUCAGAAGAUGGCUUUAAAGAUCGAACUGGCCCUUGGCAUGAUCAGGGUCUUUGCCUUGUUGACUGGGGGAGGGGGAUAGACCUGCAUCUUUUUCCAGACAACACAGAAUUUACAGGUGAUUGUCGAACUUCUGGCUUUCGUUGUAUUCAAAUGCAGGAGAAAAAACCAUGGACCUUCCAGGUGGACACAUAUGGCCUGUGUGUUGUUGUCCAUAUGAUGCUGCAUAAUACUUACAUGGAAAUUGAAAAGAAAGCCUCAGAUGAUGAUUACAUUUAUCUGCCAAAAUCAUCUUUUAAAAGAUACUGGAACGUCAACCUAUGGAAGGAUCUCUUUACAAAGCUGCUUAAUGUUAGCCCAGGCAACAAUGAUGCAGAGUUGUUGCAGAGCUUGAGGAAGUCAUUCCUAGAAUACAUGUGCGAUAACCCCCCGCUUGUAAACAAACUAAAGGAGUUGCUAGUGAAACAAAGGGCUUCCUUGUGUUGUGCUUAAUGCACCUUGGAUCAUUCCUGCAGAAGUUUCGUAACAACAGUCUCGUACUCUUGGAAUGCAUAUCAAAAUUGCAACCAAAAACAGCUUAAAAUGGUGAAAUCUCUCUUGAUUUCACUGAGAGAGGAUAUGUGUACAGCCAUGAAUUCUACUGUCAGUUUCUUGUUGUAUUACUGCAUUUUGCUGGUAUGCUGGUACAAUUUUCAGCCUGUUGGAUAUUCCAUUGUAAAAGAACUUGAUGUAGAAGUUCAAUGAUGUCUGAACCCACGCAUGUUAAGCUAUCCACCUGAAAUUUAUAAGUCUGAAAGGCUACUCUGUCCUUAUGUUUUUCAA